UCCUUCUAACGAGGACAAACUUUUCUAAUCUAAAAUUUGACCCAUUUCCGGUUUUCAGCUAACAAAUUAUUGAGUUUAAUUUAGAUUGUAACUAAAUAAAAUAGUUGCUGAUAGUAUAUAUACCAUGGAGGCAGCUUUAUUUUUUAUAGCAACUUGUGUAAUAGCACAUACACACACCACAAAUAUAAUGGACAAAUUGUAUGAAGAGGUUGAAGAGCCAGUGAGUCCUCAUGGACAGUAUUUCAACACCUCUGUGAUGUGUUCUUAUAUUUUUGCCUUUCUAGAACUAGCCACUUCAUUUGAUGUCUCACUAGCUAUACCUUUGAUCAAAAAUAUUUUCAUCCCUAUCAAUCCACGUUUCUCCUCUAUUAUGGUUAGAGGCAAAGAUGGUAACAUGAGAUGGAAAAAGGUUGAAGUGAAGCCAGAAGAGCAUGUAAAGGUUCCUAAGUUUCCUGAAACCACAAAUUCAUCACCAAUUGAAUUGUAUGACAGUUAUCUUAGCGACUACGUAACCGGCAUUUUCGUUGAAAGAACACCACAAGAGAAACCACUUUGGGAAAUUCAUAUUAUAAAUUAUCCAACAAAAAAUGCUGCUAGUACUAUAAUAUUCAAACUUCAUCAUGCACUUGGUGAUGGUUACUCUUUAAUGGCUGCUCUUCUUUCUUGUCUUCAAAGAGCUGAUAAUCCUUCUCUUCCUCUCACUUUUCCUUCAAGACCACAAUUUGAUUCAAAAUAUACAAAGAAGAGCUUAUUUAAGAAUCUAUAUCAGAUUUUUAGCUCUAUAUCAGAUUUUGGAUCAAGUAUAAUCAAGACAAGAAUGAUUCCAGAUGACAUAACACCUAUAAGAUCAGGAUAUGAAGGAAUUGAUUCUCAGCCUGUUAUCUUGUCAAACAUAUCAUUUUCUCUUGAUCAAAUCAAACAAAUCAAAUCAAACCUUGGAGUGACAAUAAACGAUGUGAUUUGUGGGAUGAUCUUCUAUGGGAUUAGGCUAUACAUGGAAGAGAUGAAUGAGAAAACAAAAACAUCAAAUUCAACAGCAUUGGUAAUGCUCAACACAAGAAACAUUGGAGGUUAUCAAUCAUUGAAGGAAAUGCAAAAGCCAGAGUACAAAGGUCUUUGGGGGAAUAAAAUAUCUUUCUUACAAAUACCAAUACCUAAGCCAAACCAAUCAGGAAAUUCCAACCCUCUUGAGUUUGUUUGGGAAGCUCGUGAAGUAAUAAAGAGGAAGAAAAGUUCUUUCAGUGUUCAUCUCAUAGGCUUGCUCAUGGAUUUGGAGAUGAAAUUAAGAGGACCUGAGGCUGUAUCUAAAAUAAUUUAUGACACUAUUGGAAACACUAGUGUUGUUAUCUCAAACAUGGUAGGGCCAGUGGAGAAGAUGACCUUGGCAAAUCAUCCUGUGAAUGGUUUGUAUUUCACCAUGAUGGGUGGACCUCAGGAUAUAAACAUUACAAUUAUGAGUUAUGUGAAAGUAUUAAGAGUGAGCAUGAAAACUCUAAAGGGAUUUAUAGAUGAACAGAAAUUAAAGUUCUGCUUGGAGAAAGCAUUUGAAGUCAUAUUUAAAACAUCUAUGAAGAUCUCUGAGAUAUCCACCAAAGAUUAACUGGCAAAUACAAAGGAUUGAUUCAGGAAUUAAGCUCAGUGCAACUAAUAAAAUUAUAUUAUAUAUGUUAUAUAUUACAAAUAUUUAACUAAGUGUAUCAAUGUAUAAGUGAUGUAUGUUGUUGUUGCUAUUAUUAUUAUUAUUAAAAGUAAUAAUUUGAAUAUUGCAUCCCAUGUACAUAGGCGAUCAUUUAAUAAGUUAUUUUGCCCCGUGUGUGUACUAGUGGUGAAAACUUAAGAU